AUUCCAUAUUAACAUGCUACAUUCAAUGUAAGUUGUUGUUAAUGGUUUACUUUUUAGAAACAAAUAAAUCAGGUUAUGACUGCAAAGAUAAUAAAGAGUUAAAAUCCACUAAAAGCAAUAGUCCACCACUUGUAGACUUGGAAGGUGGCUGACAAAUUGAGUACUGAUUUAAGUUUAUUACAAUUAUUUUACAAAGAGGGUUCAAGCUGUUCUACGUUUAAAAUUGUGUUGCUUCCAGUAAAUCAAAAGUUUUCCACGCAUAACAUAUGUAAACAUGUAAAGAAACGUUUUAAAGACACAUGAUGUUCUCUGCUGUCUGCAGCCUUUGAAAUGGAACAAAAGUCGUUUACCUCUAUUGAUAACAUAUUCGGUCUGGAUAUGCAGAUUUCAGCAGAUCUGUCCCCUCACAGUCUCCUUUCUCUUUUCUUCUCCAUCUUCCUGUCGAAUAGGAGGUCAAAGAUCACAGGUGUCUCCGUUGCGCCGUCUAGCUUCCUAUCUCGCUGGAUGUAUUCUUCCUUCAUCCUCUUUUCAGCAAAACGUCAAACUGAGCCGUCUGUGUGUUUUCUGAGGCGUCAAGAUUUCGAAACUAAUCACUAAAAUGACAAAGUUGUACCGGAUUUGAAUGGCCAAAUUCUGUAAUGGCUUAAUGACAGAGUUUGCUGUCAUUAACUGUAUUAGGAUGAAACAAUGACAAGAUAUUUGUGAUUAAUCCAGACAUACCAAACGAUGGAGAUCUAAAUUGCUUUGUGGUGUAUAAUGCAGUGUAUAUUAGCCCAACAAAUGUCUUAAAGGCUCAUAUGUGUGUGUGCAAAUCCACCCUCUGGCUCUCUACCAAUUUCUGCCUCUCUCUCUAACUCAGUCAGGAUAUAGGUGUUGUCCACUGCUGAGGAAGGAAAUUCUGUCACUGAGAACAAUGGGCCUGUUUCUCUAUCUAUAGACCCAGAGAGCCUGAGAGUCAGACGAAGAAAGGGAGCAGAUUUUGUCCAGUUAGAGAGAAAAAAUAAGAUAUCCUAAAGGUAUUUUAGUCAAGAUAUAAUUGGACUAAUAGUUAUUUAAGAAGUAGCAAUGUGUAUGCAGAUGUGUGACGGGUUAACACCUUGAGACAAUGGAAUUUCAACGCGGGGAAAAGGGAACGUACAAGAUUAUUAGAUUACUUUGAGCUCUGCAUUUUGGUGGCAAAAAAUCAUCAGAAGACACUCGAAAAGAAUCUGAAGUACCUGCGGAUGGAGGGGUCUGGCAGCCCUCGCUUCAGAAAGCUCCAUUUCCCAGUAGGUCUGUGGAUCAACUCGCCCAGGAAACACUUUGCCAAGCUGGGGGGUCGCUGGCCCAGCGCUAUCUCUGUCAAGUCGACCACCAGCUCUGACGCAGCCUCCCUCCACGAGGCCCCCUCUGCUCCUUCCUCUUCCCUUUCUAACUCUACCCUCUCGCUGGCUUCCUCUGCCCCGUCCCUGUCCCCUUCCCCGGCCUUCCUCAGGCCCCGGCCUGCUGGGACCCAGUCCCGCACUAAGCGCCUUUCCCAACUCUUCCUGCGAGGGCGCUCUAACAGUGACAGGGACCGGGCGGUGGGGGACAGGGAGAGAGAGCUUUGGGCUCAUUCCGCUGCCCCCUCCUCCCAUCACUACUUGCCCCCUGCCUCUUCCUCGGCCCCGGGCCUGGUCAAAAUCUAUGGGGAUGCCCUUUCCAGUGGGGCCAAUUAUCGCUCGCUUCUGGCCAACAUUCAAUCUACGGCCAGACAGCUCAUCGCCCAGGUCAUCACCCGGUACACGGAGAGGGAAAGGGAGGAGACGGAUGACGCAGUUCUCCCAAAACACAGCCCAGAGGACUUUCUGUUGUGUGAUGUCAUUGGUAAGCCCAUCCAACAGCCAGAUGGAGGUAUCAAAUGGGAGACGGAGUGCAGGAGAAGCGUUGCCCCAUGGGAAUGUCCCCUGCUGUUAGUGGACAUGUGGCGGCCCAAGGGCGGAUUUGAGCGGCGCUUUGAAAUCCAAAGAAAGGACGACUAUGAGAGAGAAGAGAGGGAAAAAGAGAAGGAGCGCGAGAGGGAGGGAGAAAACUAUCAAGGUGUGCGCUGGCGGCGGAGCCGGGUGUCAUCAGGUGGACCAGAGGAGAGCGAGCGUGGUCACCGUGGAAGAAAUUCAGAGCUCAGGAGGAGCAUCAGCGACAUGAACCUGAGUCUGCGGCGUCGCCAAGGUAACCAUGUCAGUAAUGACCCACGUGGGUCUGGCAACCGGCCCAACAACAAUGGAGGAGUGCAGGACAGGAAGAACAUUGUGAGCAUGAUCAACCCACAGCAAGGAGAGAUCAGAACCUCAAAAGUGGAAGCCAAGGUUGGAUGGACGAACCAGCUUGCGGAGGAUGAGAAGGAUUACUCCAGCUGUGACCUGGAAGUGAUGUCACAAAGUUUAAUCCUUCCACCCACCGAUCGGCCCUACUUCCUGUUGCUGCAGGGUUACGAUCAGAGCAAGGACUUUGUUUUGUACAUCAUGGCGGGGCACACGCAUGUGUUCGGGAGAAAAUCCACAAUGAGGGAGAGAGAGAAGGAUAAAGAGAGGGAGAGGAAGGGUAAGAGGCCUCUGAAGGUGGACACGUUCCUCUCGGCCCCUGACCUAUUGGCCAGACACCUGUUGGUCAGGAGAGACUCGGCUGUUCCCGAAACGCCCACCAGACAAGUAGCAGUAAUGCGACCCUUCAGAGGAGGUGCAGUCACACACAACGGAGUGGCCCUCUACAGAGAGACGGUCCUGAAGCCUGGGGAUGUGAUUGGUUUGGGGAACCACUUCCUCUUUCUGUAUCGUGACCCCCGUGUGACUCCAGCUCCCCCUCUGGCAUUGACCCUGCCAUGGCAGGCCGAUGCCUCCACCCCCUGCUGCCCCUCGGGGUUAGUGGACAGACAGGAGGCACUUAGGCAGUACCUCGGAUCCACGGAGGCAGUUCUGAAGUUUCAUCCCCGCCACGCAGAUGCUUUGUUACAGGAGAUCAUCUCCAAAAAUUCCUCCCCAGACUCUGGUGGUGGGCCGUUAGCUCCUGCUUAUCUCCUAUCAAUCAUGAUAGAUCAUGCCUCAAAACACUUGGACCCUGCUCUCACACCGCAGAUAUUACUCAAAUCGGCCAAUCACAUAAAAGAGAUUGUCUGGGAUAACAUUAAGGAAUUUGGCGAUAAGCAUCCCACGCAAAAUUCAACAGAGCAAGAAGGUGAGGUAAGCACGCCGAAUGUCCAAAAGCUCUCCUCCGACCUUCGACCCCUGAUGUUCUGGAUGUCAAACGCCACAGAGCUCCUUAACUUCUUCCAGGUCAAAGUUGAAGCCAUGGAGAAAGAGUGGGAGUUUGAAGUCCCAGGGGACCCGGUUUUGACGGCUGACAUGGACACGUGCUCAGAAGCUCUGGCACAGCUGGAUGACGUCAUUAUGCACACCUUCCAACAGUGUGUUUAUCACCUCACAAAGACCCUGUACUCACUCCUUCCAGCUCUCCUGGACUCCAACCCAUUCUCCAGAGAAGAGAAGGAGAGGGGUGGGGCGCGGAGUGCCGAGGGAGAGGAGAAAGAAGGAGGGGAAGGAGAGGUGGACGACGUGUCCGCCUUACCCCCCAAAGUCGCCGGGCUGGUGGAAGUGUACCGCUGUUCGCUGAUGCUGUCCCGGGAGGCAUGUCUGUCCCCGCCGCUCACCUCCCAGACCUUUGGCUACCUCUUCUUCUUCACCAACACCUCCCUGCUCAACACUUUGCUGGAAAGAGAUGGACUGUUUUCGUGGUCCAGAGCGGUCCAGAUCCGCACAAACUUGGACCUGGUUUUGGACUGGCUGCAGGGGGCGGGAUUAGGAGACAUUGCCUCUGAGUUCAUGAAGAAACUGUCAGUCACAGUCAACUUCCUGUGUAUUCCCAAGACUCGACUUAUCCAGUCAUCCUGGACCAGUCUUCGGGAGGACCAUGUCUCUUUAAGCCCUUCCCAGUUGCACCACAUGCUCACCCAUUACAAGCUGGGUCCCACCAGAGCCCCACCAGCAUCCUGGGCCCCUCUGCCGGGCACAGAGCUGAGUGGAGACAUCUUUGAGAGCUUCCUGGACCAUCCUCCUCUCAUCCUGCCAAAUGAAACGCCACGCCUCGACCUCUGCCAGCCAAUCCCGAGCCCCGAGCUCCAGAAGGAAGUAACACGUCUCCGCACCUUCUUGUGGGGACUCGACCAGGACGAGCUCCCCGCCAAUCAGAGGACUCGGCUUUGAGGAAGACCAUAUUUGUCCCUCUGAUCGGAAGUGAAAAAUAAAAUCACUAAAAACUUCACAAACACACAAAAAAAAGAAUGCAAACCGAACAUGUUUUCUGCAUUUUGUUUCCUGGUUGUGGUUUUUCAUGACACUUCUAUAUCAAUUCAUUUAUCCAUUUAGAUAUUAGAAGUAAAAGAAAUGUAUUGGCUUUGAAAUGUCUUAAUAGAUUUGGUUUAAAAGCAGUGAGUAAAACCCCAUGGCUGUUGGAUCGUGCAGUGUUAUGCAUUACGCAUGACUAUUUUACUUGGCUCCCAUGACUGUUUUUAAACUACUUGUUUUUAAUAAAACGCUGAAUUCUAGUCUAAAAGAC